AUGGCAUUAGUUGGAAGGCCGAAACUGCGAUGGGCAGAUUGUGUCGCCCAUGACGCAAGAAUGUAUAUUCUUGGCACUACAAGUUACCCAACAAGAACCCCAACUAUCUUACAAGAAGAUAAGGCAACAGAAGAUGACAAUGCGAAAGUGGACAGUCCUCCGACUAUCAUUUCUCCACCGAAGACCCUUGUUCAAAAGCUGGGUAGGACGCAGGUCACUCUGCCUUCCAAGACCAAACCUGCAGUACUCCACAAGCAGGACAGCAAACCCGCUGAAAGGCAGCAGCGUGCUGAAGAAGUAAAGAGGAAGUCCUUAGUUACCAAGAUCCCGGAUGCUAUUCAAGAAGAGGUAUCAGUGGAAGUCACCAAAACGGAACCAAUAAAAGAACCGAAGGCUGAAGCGGUAGUUACUUUCAAUGAUAAUGCUGAUGAAGAAGUAGAAAAGGAGGUUUUCAAAUCGGCAAAAGAGCGAGAAUGUUGGCAUUUGUUCAAGAGGAUGUCUUCCAGGGGAGUUUCAGUAUCAUUUGAAACAGUAUUAAGGUAUUAUAUUAUUUAA